AUGAAAAUUUCUGUAUCUUUAAAAACACUGCAACAUCAACUCACCUGCACAGAUGCAUUGCUUAAAACCAUGAAUUUGGAGCUUCAAGCAGUGGCUGCAGUACGUGAGAUGAAUGACCAAAAGGAUAUAUCAGUGAAUGGUGACAACACUUCUACCAAACAACAAACUGCAAAUAGAUGUAUGCAUCCAAUAAGAAGUCAAUAUGAGAAAAAUUACUUGAUUAUUGUUUCAAAUUUAACUGUGAAAUCUUUAUCCAAUACUUCUUGGGAGCGUAGAAAGAGAGACUUGCCCUCCUUAAUUAAAGCUCCCCUUCAAGACCCUGAUGGUCGUCUCUCUUCAUGGACAGUAGAAGAUGAUGAAUGCUGUAAAUGGAGUGGAGUCACGUGCAACAACCAAACAGGUUGUGUCAUAGGGCUUGAUUUUAGGUAUGGUCAACUUGGAGGUGAGUUAAGCCAUUCAUUGCUAAACUUAACCUACUCAAAUCAUCUUGAUCUUCACUACAAUUUUUUGAAUGGAACCAUUCCCAGGUCCAUUAGUUCCUUAAGAGAAUUAAGGUAUCUUGACCUUUCAUCUAACUCUCUUUAUGGAACCAUUCCUCCAGAUUUUGGAAACCUCACCAACUUGCAAGUGCUUUCCGUUAGAUAUGUUGGAGGAUGUAGAGUUGAAAACAUAGAGUGGUUAUCUCGUCUCUCUCAUUUGGAGAAACUUCAAAUGGAUGGAAUUUCCCUAGCCAAAGCAAAUGAAUGGGUAGAUGUAAUUCUGAGUCUCCCAAAACUAUCAUGGUUAAGUUUAGGGAGAUGUGAGCUGUCACAAGUCAUGUAUCCAUAUUCUUCUUCAUUUCUCAACUCUUCUUCUUCUUCAUCUAUUGAAGACCUUGAUCUUAGUGGUAACAAUCUCACAUCAUCCAUGUAUCAUUGGUUGUUCCCAUUAACUAGCAAUAAGCUCCAGUGCCUUUAUCUGUCUGACAAUAUUUUAGAUGGGAUGCCCAAAUAUCUUGGUAACCUCUGUAGUUUGGAGCAGUUGGAAUUCAAUAACAACUCUAGUGUUGUCAAAUUUCCUGAUUUUCUCCACAACUUGUCUGGACGUGCAACACUUAUAUUACAAGGGUUGUUUGCUCGAGACAACAAAUUUACAGGGUCGUUGUCCGAUGAGAUUCAAAAGUUUUCAUCCCUACAAUACUUGUACCUGUCUCGUAGUCAAUUAAAUGGAAGUAUAAGUGAGAAAUUAUGGAAACUACCAAGGCUUGAAUACCUUGACCUUUCUUAUAAUAAUCUUACAGUUCCUUCCAAGUACCACUUGUCACGCCUUUCUUAUCUACAAUCUAUUUAUCUGAGGUCUUGCAAGCUGCUAGGGCCUCGCUUCCCCAAAUGGAUUCAGACAUUCAAAAAUCUUACCGUUCUUGACAUUUCUACUACUGGAAUUUCAGACACAGCUCCUCUCGAGUUUUGGGACAUGUGGCCUUCUCAAUUACAAUAUCUGAAUCUCUCAUCCAACAACAUUAGCGAGACAGUACUGGAUUUAUCAUCAAAUUUUGCCAACGAUUCAGAGAUAGAUUUGAGUUCCAACAGGUUUUCUGGUCCGAUACCAAAUGUUUCUUCCACUUUGUCAACAUUAAAUCUUUCCAGAAACAAUUGUUUCACUGGAGGAAUCUCCUUUAUAUGCCAAAUUGUUGGUGGGUUCUUAUCAUUUCUUGACCUCUCUCAUAACUCAUUAAUCGGACAACUCCCAGACUGUUUGUGGCGUUUCAAAGGACUACAAGUUCUUAAUAUUGGACACAACAAUCUCUUUGGACGGAUUCCUCCCUCCAUUGGAUCUUUGAUACAACUCAAGGUGUUAUAUUUAUACGAGAACGACUUCUCUGGAGGAUUGCCUUUGUCAUUAAAAACUUGCACAAGUCUAAAGUCGUUGAAUUUGGGGGCCAACAAGUUUUCUCGUAAUGUUCCUGUCUGGAUUGGGGAAAAUUUAUCGGGGUUGUAUGUUCUUAUCCUGAGAUCAAACAACUUCUUCGGAACCAUCCCUUUAGAAUUAUGUCAAUUAGAAAAUGUUCAAAUUCUAGACUUGUCAAUGAACAAUCUCCAUGGAAGCAUCCCCUCAUGUUUCAGUAAUCUUACGAGCAUGGUUCAACAAGGAUUCUCACAAGGUUUAGAUCAUUAUAAAAUUGAAAGUAGGUAUUCAUAUGAACCUGAGAUAUAUGUUGACCAUGCUAUGAUUGAGUGGCAAGGAGAUGAACGUGAAUUCUUUAGCACUGUGAAAUUGGUGAAGAGCAUUGACCUGUCAAGCAACAAACUAACAGGACAACUCCCAUAUGAAAUUACCAAUAUUUAUGACUUAAUUGUCAUGAACUUGUCAAAGAAUGCUUUAUUUGGAGAGAUUCCAGAAAAAAUUGGUGAGAUAAAAAAGCGUUUGACUUUAGAUUUAUCCAGAAACAGUUUUUCAGGGCAUAUACCACCAAGCAUGUCUCAAAUGACUUUAUUGAAUUAUCUAGACGUUUCAUUUAAUAACUUGUCAGGGAGAAUCCCAACGAGCACUCAACUCCAGUCCUUUCAACCUUCAAGAUAUGAUGGAAACACAAGACUAUGUGGACCUCCUCUUACCAAAAAAAUGUCCAGGAGAUAA